AUGGGCUGCAUGAAAUCAAAGCAAACUUUCCCAUUUCCUCCUACAUUUGAGAAUGAGAAGCGCCAUCCAAGUGAAGAAGCCUUUAUGCCAGAGACAUUUCUACCAAAGAUGCCUUCUCCCGUCAUCAGAGAGGAAACAAAGAUACAGCCAGUGACCAAUCCUGUGAUCCUUGAAUAUGCACAACAUCUAUCCGAGGAAAUCCUGAAUGAUGCUAUGCAGCAAUGGGCAUGCAAUAACAUCAAAUACUCCGACAUCCCAUAUAUCGAAAGUGAGGGGCCUGAUGUCGUAGGGUGA